AUGUCGAUGAAGAGCCUUCUACCCACAGUAAUGGUUUUUGGCGGCAAUGGAUUUUUAGGUAGUAAAAUUGUAACCGAAUUUCUGAAUACAAACAGAUACAAUGUUAUAGUAGCUUCAAGGUCACUGGCAGGCAAACAGCACUCAUUGUCACAUUCGCCCUUUUUGCAAUAUAAAUCGGUAGAUAUUUUUAACCCAGCAACUUACAAGAGCAUUUUAACCAAUGUUGACCAUGUUGUUCAUUCAAUUGGUAUAAUUAAUCCAAAUGAAAAUUAUAAAAAAAUAAUUAAUUCCAAAACACCAUGUCAAUUUGCAAAUGGUUUGAUGGAUUAUUUUUUUAAAUCCACAACCAAGAAUACUUCUGCUGUUGAUAAGAAUGUUAACCAAUAUGAGCUAUACAACUAUCAGAGUUGUAAAAUUUUGGCAGAUGUAUUCAAAGAUGUGAUAAAAUCAUCUAAUACCAACACUAGCACACAUAAAAGAUCAUUUACUUAUAUUUCAGCCGAAGAAACACCAUUAGUGAAAAAUUUUAUAUCGGCUGAUUAUAUUACUACCAAGAGGAAAGCUGAAUUACAUGUUUUACAAUACGAAGACUAUUUUACCCCAAUAAUUCUGCGUCCUGGGUUCAUGUACGAUGAGAACAGUACAGAUACAACUCCAAGAUCCGCAAUUGCUUGCAUUUUAAAUAAUAGCAACAUCAUUAAAAAUAAAAGUUUUACUUGUUCAAUACAAUCUGUUUCCAAAGAAGUUGUUCGAAAGAUUGAAGAUCCAAAGUUUCAGGAAGGCGGUAUUAUUACUCUAGCCGAUAUUAAAAGAGAUUUUAUAUAA